AAUCUCGAGCUUUGAAGGGCCGAAAUAGUAUAGUUUGAGAAGAAGGUAACUGUGAGGUCUAGACUCGAUCUGAAUAAGUUGAGUGCUAAUCUUUGUGACAAAGCCAAAGAUCAAAAUAGAGCUCAAUGACAUAGGCUUGUGAUGUUGCCUCUAUCAAGAGUCAAGGCAAACACAAUAACAAAUCAGGAAGUCUAUUAUGGUUUUUUUUAACUCUCACAUACCUUACAGUGGCAAUUUUUAGUUCCAUUUCUGAGAAAAUAGUGAGUUUUGUGAUUAGACAAACACAAAAAUAAAUCAGGAAAUCACUUCGAUGAAUAAAUCUAUUCACUUUCACAAAUGAAACAGGACAGUGUACCAACUCUAGUAUCAAUAAUGUGCACUAACAGUAAAGCAAAAGAAUAUAUGUUAAUUCCUCCCAACUGCAAAGACAAUGGAGAUUUCAGUGGUACAACAUAAGCAGUAAAGGAGCCCACCAAUUAUCUACAUGGCAAUGGGCUAUUCCCUUCUCACCGGCCGCAAGAAGGUUCACCCCAUGCUCUACCUUGCCAUGUAAGCUGGUUAGGAGUUACUCUACCCAUGCCAUGCCUGCUGCUUGUUCUGUCUAGAGGAUCAACUCGACAUCCCUAAUUCACGACAAUCUGCUCUGUAUGGGUAACGGCGAUCUCCGCCUAACAAAUCAAAAGGCUUCAUCAAUUCGGGAUUCUCAGGAGAGGAAUACAAGAUUAGAAAACAUGUGCUGGAGGAUUUGGAAUUUGACUCGCAAGAAGAAGCAGCUUGAAGGGGAAGAAGCUCAGCGUGUGGCAAAAAGGCAUCGUGAAUGUGAAAGGGCACGUAGAGAAGCAACUGUUGAUAUGUCAGACUUAUCAGAUGGCGAAAAGAUAGACAUUGUUGGUGACCUCUCAGCUCAUGGUGAUAGUGUCCGAGGAAGAAUGUCCAGGGUCAGCUCUGUGGAUGCGAUGGCAAAUUGGGCUAAUCAAAACAUGGAAAAGAAACUUUACAUUGUGUUAAUCAGUCUUCAUGGAUUAAUAAGAGGAGAAAACAUGGAGCUUGGUCGGGAUUCUGACACGGGUGGCCAAGUCAAGUAUGUUGUGGAACUAGCUAGAGCUUUAGGCAUGAUGCCUGGAGUUUAUCGUGUUGAUUUGCUGACGAGACAAGUAUCAGCACCUGAUGUAGAUUGGACCUAUGGUGAACCAACAGAAAUGAUAAAUCUAACAGACUCUGUAGAUGCCAUGCAUGAAGUAGGGGAAAGUGGUGGUGCCUACAUCAUCCGCAUACCAUUUGGCCCAAAAGAUAAAUAUAUCCCCAAAGAAUUACUUUGGCCGCAUAUUCCUGAAUUUGUUGAUGGUGCGCUUAGUCACAUCGUCCAGAUGUCGAAGGUUCUAGGAGAGCAAACUGGUAGUGGACAUCCACUCUGGCCUGUUGUAAUUCAUGGACACUAUGCAGAUGCCGGUGAAUCUGCUGCUGUUCUAUCGGGGGCUUUAAAUGUACCGAUGGUUUUAACUGGCCAUUCACUUGGACGAGACAAGCUGGAACAACUACUAAAGCAAGGACGGCAACCAAAAGAGGAGAUAAAUGCAACUUACAAAAUAAUGCGGCGUAUAGAGGCUGAAGAAUUGUCUCUUGAUGCAUCUGAGAUGAUAAUUACUAGUACACGGCAGGAGAUAGACGAACAAUGGAAUCUCUAUGAUGGGUUUGAUCCAAAGUUAGAACGCAAACUCAGGGCAAGAAUGAAACGCAAUGUGAUUCCUCCAGGAAUGGAAUUUCAUCAUAUUGUUCCACACGAAGGUGACAUGGAUGGAGAAGCCGAAGGAAAUGAACAUAAUGUUGGGAAUGCAGAUCCACCCAUUUGGUUGGAGAUCAUGCGCUUCUUCACCAAUCCACACAAGCCUAUGAUACUUGCUCUUGCCAGGCCUGACCCAAAGAAGAACUUAAUCACUUUAGUCAAGGCAUUUGGAGAGUGCCGACAAUUGAGAGAGCUUGCAAACCUUACAUUAGUGAUGGGAAAUCGUGAUGUAAUUGAUGAAAUGUCCAGUACAAAUUCAUCUGUCCUUGUUUCAAUAAUUAAACUGAUUGACAAGUAUGAUUUAUAUGGUCAAGUUGCGUAUCCUAAGCAUCACAAGCAAUCUGACGUUCCUGAGAUAUAUCGUCUGGCUGCAAAAUCAAAGGGGGUUUUCAUCAAUCCAGCUUUCAUAGAACCAUUUGGACUCACUUUGACUGAGGCUGCAGCUCAUGGGCUGCCCAUUGUUGCCACAAAAAAUGGUGGUCCAGUUGACAUUCACCGGGUGCUUGACAAUGGUUUACUAGUUGACCCACAUGAUCAACAUUCUGUUGCUGAUGCACUUUUGAAGCUAGUAGCUGAUAAGCAGCUUUGGGCAAGAUGUAGAGAUAAUGGAUUGCGGAAUAUACAUCUCUUCUCUUGGCCAGAGCACUGCAAGACGUACUUAGCGCGAGUGAUGUCUUGCAAACAACGGCAGCCGAGAUGGAAACGAAAUGAGGAUGAAUGCUCCGAUUCAGACCCAGAUUCACCUGGAGAUUCCUUGAGAGAUAUUAAAGAUCUGUCUUUAAGCUUGAAACUCUCAUUGGAUGGGGAGAAAAAUGAAAAGAGUGGAGCAUCAGUGACUGCCCUGGAUUUCAUGGAAAAUGCCAGCAAAAAGAAAAGCCAAUUGGAUAAUAUGGUCUCUACACUGCCAAUAAGUAGGUCCAUGGAGAAAGCAGAGCAAAGUAAGUUUCAACUGUCAAGGAGAAAGAAGCUAAUUGUAAUUGCGGUGGAUUGUGAUACCGCAGCUGGUUUGGCAGGUAUUACCAAAACAAUUAUUGAGACUGUUAAAAAAGAUAAGAGUGCAUCAUCCUUUGGCUUUAUCUUGUCAACAGCCUUGACCAUUACUGAGGUGCGGUCAUUUUUGGAGUUGUCAAAGUGUAAACCACAUGAAUUUGAUGCUUAUAUCUGCAAUAGUGGUGGGGAGGUUUAUUAUCCAUGUUUAAAUUCUGAGGAGAAAUCUUCAGGGCCUUCUUUUACGGUAGAUUCAGAUUAUCAAACUCACAUUGAUUAUCGUUGGGGUGGAGAAGAUCUGAGGAAAACUAUAAUUCGUUGGGCAGAUUCUCUAAAUGACAAAGUUAAAAACAAAGCUGAGAUAGCUAUAAAGGAGAUUGACUCAGCAUCCACACAUUGCUUUUCUUUCAGAAUACACGAUCAAUCAUUAGUUCCUCCUGUGAAGGAAGUUAGGAGAUUAUUGAGAAUUCAGGCGCUAAGAUGCCAUGCAAUAUAUUGCCAAAGUGGUAGCAGGCUGAAUGUGAUCCCUGUUCUUGCUUCAAGAUCACAAGCGCUCAGGUACAUGUUCAUUAGAUGGGGCAUAAACUUGUCAAAUCUUGUGGUUUUUGCGGGAGAAAGUGGAGACACGGAUUAUGAGUUAUUGGUUGGAGGAGUACAUAAAACUGUGGUGUUGAAGGGAGUUUGCAGCGAUGCCUCUAAAGUUCACUCAAACAGGAACUACCCUCUUGAGCAUGUUUUGCCAGCCAUGAAUCCUAACAUUGUUGAAUGUGGAAGUUGCAGCCAGGAAGACAUCAGUGUAGCACUAAAUAACCUUGGUUUUUCUAAGGAGUAGAUGACUAUUUCAGCUCCAAUGUCUUGGUUGCUAUGUGUUGUCAGUAGUCUCUUCAAGUUCUAUUUGUUUUCUUUAUAUAGAAUGAAAUGAGCUCACAAUCUGUUGGAAUGAAGAAAACAAAAAGGUAUAAUAUUAUUAGCAACAAAAAAAAAA